AUGACCCUCUAUCUACAUUCUACAGGAGUAAAAACAGAGUGUACUCCUGCUGUAGACGGACUCUUGGUUCAAGCAGCAAAAGUUAUUCGGGAUUCCACCGGUUCACAAAUGAGAUCAGUAACCUGGGAAACAGGAACAGUUCUCACUUUGUCCUGUAAACCUACUAUAGACCAGAAGCACCGGACUUGGACCAAUAACAUCAGAGCUCUAAACUCAGUGGACCAGACCCGAAUAGAUUAUGUGGACAAGUUUGGAGAACAGAAACAGCAGAUCGUGGUGAAGUGUGCCGGAAACGAUUUUGUACCUGACAUUUUUAACGGACAAGAUUCUUGGUGUGAAGUUGGCUGCGCCCCGAUACCCGAGGAUUAUACUAACUUCUGGGCCCCAAACUACACUCAACGUUCUAUGGGUCUAGCCUCUAAGGGGGUUCCUAUUGCAGCUGACGCUGACUUGGAGAUAAGUGUAGAAUGUAAGGACGGAUACUCCCAGAAGAUUGGGGAUGUUGGAGAGAAAAACGUGUUCUGUACUGAGUUCGGGUGGUCGCCGAUCCUUCUACAACUUAUUAACUGUGCUACCGGCUGCCGGGAUUUAACAGAAGAAAUUAAAAACGGGGUUGCAAUAUAUACCCCCGGCACUGUGACCUUCUCAAUAGGUGAACGAGUCAGCUUCAGGUGUGAUCCCAACUUUAAGUUAGACGGGAAAGAGGUAUUGACUUGUGACUCAGGGCAACGGUGGACGGGAGACGUGCCGGGGUGUGUUCCAGAUGGAACUGUCAAGUCUCAGGGCUACAGACUGAUUUCCAGUUUGUGGCUUGGUUUCCUGCUUUAUUUACAUUAAACUUUAAUGAAGGGCUUGUAAGACAUCAUUUCCAAUGUAUGUUUUGCCAUAUUAUUAAGAGUUGAUUAUAUUAGAGACAGAUACUGAUAGCAUCCCUCUCUACGUAAACUGGACUGCUUAACGAGAAAAUCUGAUUUGACAACUUUAUAGACAACUAUGUUGUAACCAUGACAAAUAUGAACGAACAAGAUUAUUUGUGAAUCGCCAUCUGAUUCUGGUUAACGAGUCAAUAUGUCAGUAUUAUAUAUUAUGCAUAAUUUCGCCUAUUACAUGUAUGUUUAAUAUUGAGAUAAACAUAAUUUAAAUCAUUACGCAGCCUCAUAUUUACAAUCUAAUAUAUACCGAAUCUGCUGUAUCAGAAACAGGAGAACACUUUGUUCCGUUAACACAUGGAUUUAUUUGAAUGUAUCAACUGUACGAUUUUAAUUAAACCGGUUGCCAGAACAAUACACUAUUUAUUAUAUUUGAAAUAAGAAUUAUCUUCUUUAUUAUU